AUGGUAAGUGGAACGGGUCCAGCACCGAAUCAGGCCGACACUGUAGCAUUCUGGCGCGGCCUGUGGUCAGAGUCCAUAAACCACAGCGAGGGCCCUUGGACGGAAGUUGUGGCGAGUCAGUGUGCGGGUAUUACGCCCAUGGACCCCGUCAUCAUAACGCCGGAUGACGUAGCUGAGGCGGUCCGUAGGGCCCCGAACUGGAAAAGUCCGGGGCUUGACGGGCUGCAUCACUACUGGCUGAAGGGGUUCAUGGUGUGUGACAGUUUCAAGAGGCUCUCAACCAGAAGUCGCUCCCAAGCCUCUUCACUACUGGGAUCACUCAUUUGGUUCCUAAAGACCAGGGUACCACAGACCCGAGCAAAUACCGCCCCAUCACGUGUCUACCGACCAUAUACAGGACACUAA